UGGAUGUCCAAACUAGUGUCGACGUUGCACAGCAAACGCUCUCAAAGAGCGAUGGAAAUUGACUCGCAGUCGCCUGCGUAUGAUGCCUCUGAAGAGGACAACGAUCCGCUGUCCGAGUCGGACGGACCCCACCACCCGCCAACAAGGAAACGAGCAUUGAACAACAGCAAUGCGACAGCAAAGAGACACCAACUCGCCCAAAGCAUCAUAUCUGACUCGGAUGGGGUCGAUUCACCUACCUACGAUGGGGAUGUUGAGUCGAGUGCGACUGCAACUUCGACGACAAGGCCGCAUCUGAGGGAGCACCACCAUACGACGUCAACAUCAACUUUCGAGGGAAAUGAAACUGUGGAGCCAGCAACUACAGAUGACGAAGAAGAAAUGAAAUUAGCCGCCUCGACGUUAUCCGAGCCAGCGCCAGCUCCAGUCUCGACUGCUGCCUUCGAUCCAGCUGCCUUGACCCCUGAAGAUAUCAGAGACUACGUACAGAAAGCCAUUAACGGAGACGAUGGAAGGGUCUACAAAACCAACCCACCGCCACUCGAUAGGCCAGCGAGGAUUUAUGCGGACGGUGUCUAUGACCUAUUCCAUUUCGGGCACGCCCUCCAACUUCGUCAAGCUAAACUCUCCUUUCCCUCCGUAUAUCUCCUCGUCGGUGUGAACUCGGAUGAACAAGUUCGGGAACAUAAGGCGCGCGGUAUCAUGACGCAUGCUGAGCGUUUAGAGGCCGUUAGACACUGCCGUUGGGUAGACCAAGUAGUCCCUGAUGCGCCAUGGAUCAUUGACCAAGCAUUCAUCGACAAACACCAGAUUGAUUAUGUUGCACAUGACGAGGUCCCUUACGCAGCUGUCGGGCAUGACGAUGUCUAUGCGUUCUGCAAGAAGCAAGGCAAAUUUCUCCCAACAAGGCGAACACCGGGCGUCUCGACGUCCGAAUUACUCGAGCGCAUCGUGAGCGGAUAUCGGCAUCGGAUGUUUGACGAAAAGCUAGAGAAGAUGGGUCACAGUGAGCUCAAGGCCGAAGGUAGUGACUAUGAUGAUAGUAGGAUGGGCAGUCGACGAGAAAGUAGAGUUGCCAGUCCAGUGCCAGUAUGGCCGGGUGUCACUCCAUCUAUAAGGUAUGUUUCCUUCAACAUGCCUACCGACACGCUCCGCUUCUUCGGUAAAAUCCUUACGUUUGGCUUCCCGCUCAUUUUGACCGCGGUUGGGCGACGUAUCCUUGCAUUCGUCCACCGCCUGACGUACAAUCCCUACUCAACUCCAAGAGAUGAUAUGACAGAACCUCAACCCUAUAGUGACCCGAAAAGCAAAAAUAUUGUAGUGUUGGGCGCCUCCUUUGCUGGCAUGCAAGUCGCACAGCGUCUCGCGGAAACACUGCCUAGCGGAUUCCGCGUGAUCUUGGUAGAGAAGAACAGCAAGUUUCACUUCCAAUGGGUUUUGCCGCGCUUUGGGGUCGCCCCAGGGCUGGACAGAUGGGCGCCAUUCAUUCCAUAUGACGGAUCGAUGAAGGGGGUGACGAUGGCCGCUGGGUCAGUUGAGCUGGUCUUUGGAGAGGCAAGAAAUGUGAGCGCAGGGAAAGUAUUGGUGGUGUUGAACGAUCAAGGCCGGGAGGCGGUAAUUCCAUGGGAAUUACUCGUAAUCGCAACUGGCUGCACGCAGUCUGCACCGGGGAAUGUCCAUAACGAAGCAGAGCUGUCGGCAUUCCAGAUUAAGGUCGAAUCCCCUGCAACUGAUCGCAUAGCUAUUAUCGGUGGGGGAGCAGUUGGUGUGGAGCUUGCAGCAGACAUUCGAACCUUCUUCCCAGAGAAAAAGCUCGUCAGGAUAUAUCAGUCCAAGGGGACAUUGUUGUCUUCCUUUGGCCCGCGUUUGGGACAGCAUGCGGAGAAGGUUUUGAAGGAGUUGGGAGUCGAGGUGGUGUUAGGACAGCGGCCACGAAUUACUGGAACCACCACAUUGACGACAGACGACGGCGAAGAGACUUUCGAUCUGGUGAUCCCAUGUACCGGACAAAAGCCCAACUCGGCCUUCCUGCAAGACAUGGCUCCAAAUGCAAUUUCCAAGGAAACAGGUCACAUCAUUGUCCAUCCAAGCUUGCAAAUUUCCUCCUCAACUCUCGACGACGAUUCCCAUUCUCGCAUCUUCGCACUUGGCGAUGUUGCGGCAACUGGUGGACCCAAAAUGGCCCGUGCAGCGCAUUUCCAGACGGAAAUUGUAGUGAAGAACGUUAACUCGAUGAUCAGAGGUGAAAAGCCAAAGCACGUCUAUUCACCAGUUCAAAACUAUUUUCUGGAAGGCUCCAUCAAAUUGACAUUAGGAAAGGGCAGAUUUGUUGCAUAUGGCGAAGAGAGUACGGAAGGUAAUGGGAAUGUAUUAGUGGAAGGGAAAGAGAAGAAGGACGAGUUGGGCGUGAGGAUGUGGUGGUGGCGGUUGGGCGCCAAGUAUCAAAAGCCAAGCAGCUAG